AUGAGCGCUUCAAGAUUCGUAAAGUGUGUGACGGUUGGUGAUGGAGCUGUCGGAAAAACAUGUUUGUUGAUCUCUUACACAAGCAACACUUUCCCUACGGAUUAUGUGCCUACCGUUUUCGAUAAUUUCAGUGCCAAUGUUGUUGUUAAUGGAGCCACCGUUAAUCUUGGAUUGUGGGAUACUGCAGGACAAGAGGAUUACAACAGAUUAAGACCACUGAGUUACCGUGGAGCAGAUGUUUUCAUAUUGGCCUUCUCUCUUAUCAGUAAAGCCAGUUAUGAAAACGUCUCCAAAAAGUGGAUCCCUGAGUUGAAACAUUAUGCGCCUGGUGUCCCCAUCAUCCUUGUUGGAUCAAAGCUUGAUCUUCGAGAUGACAAGCAGUUCUUCAUCGACCAUCCUGGUGCUGUCCCGAUUACUACUGCUCAGGGAGAGGAGCUGAGGAAGCUAAUAGGAGCACCUACUUACAUUGAAUGCAGUUCCAAAUCUCAAGAGAAUGUGAAAGCUGUCUUUGACGCAGCCAUACGAGUGGUGUUGCAACCGCCAAAACAGAAGAAGAAGAAGAGCAAAGCGCAGAAGGCCUGCUCCAUCCUGUGA